AUGGCCCGGGAAACGGAAGUUGAAAGCAGUCAUGACGGUCCUCCCAAGGUGACUGAAACCUCUCCGUCUCCGUCUCCGUCGCCGCCACCGCCGCCUUUGCCUCCUCGUCAGAUGAUUUCGAGCGACAGUCCUGCCCAGGUUGCGCCGGCUCAAGCAAAACCCACCACAGCCGUGUCAUCUAUCGACAUCUCAACUGUGUCGUUCCCGGACGGCUCUCGAGGCACCUUUUCAACAAGCGCACCUCGCGUCGGCUUCACGCCGCAUACAAAUGCUAGCGGAUAUGGGACGCCCGGCCGCGAUGCCACUGGCGGCGACCUUGCCGACUCGAUGAGUGUCAUGAGUUUCGCCCCAACAUUGCGCCCGCACGGAGACCUAGCUAGCCUAGUCGCGGAUGGGCUUAACAAGAAAAGCCGUGCUUGGAACAUGUUGAGGUCACAGUCGGAGACAGUCCAGCCGUUUGAGAGCAUCGAGCUCGGCGCUCCCGGCAGCCUCGCCGGUUUCGAAAGGGAAUUUGACGAAAUCCCGGACGAUAAAACCGACGAUAUCAGGAUGGCCAUCUGGAAAUCCAAGAUGAAGCAUUACAUGAUUCUCUCGUCUGCUGGAAAGCCAAUCUAUAGCCGCCACGGCGAUUUGGGACUGGUCAACUCGUACAUGGGCGUGGUGCAGACCAUCAUCUCUUUCUACGAAGGGGCUAAUAACCCUCUCCUGGGCUUCACCGCAGGCAACGCACGAUUCGUCAUUGCCAUCGAGGGCCCUCUUUACUUUGUAGCCAUCAGCAGGUUGAACGAGAGCGAUGCCCAGCUGAGAAGCCAACUUGAAGCCUUGUACAUGCAGAUAUUAUCUACCUUGACGCUGCCGACCCUCAAGAGCAUAUUCGUUCAUCGCCCUUCGACAGAUCUCAGGAAGCCUCUCGAGGGCACCGAGUCACUCCUCUCGUCUCUCGCCGACAGCUUUACCCGAGGCUCCCCCUCGACUCUCCUUGGCGCCCUUGAAUGUCUGAAGUUACGAAAGUCCCAGCGUCACGCCAUAAACAACGUAUUCCUCAAAAACCGCAGCGAAAAGCUUCUCUACGGACUUGUUGUCGCAGGUGGAAAGUUAGUGAGCGUCAUCAGGCCGCGGAAACACUCGCUGCACCCGAGUGACCUCCAGCUUAUCUUCAACAUGCUCUUUGAAUCAGGCGGCAUCAAGUCCGGCGGUGGAGAGAGCUGGAUCCCGCUCUGUCUCCCAGCCUUCAACAACCGUGGCUAUCUCUACAUGUACGUCAGUUUCUUCGACGGAAAUGCGGACCCAGCCUUUUCGGCCGAGUCCACCGCAGAGGAUACCCCUGAAUCAUCGACCGACACCAAUACGACCAACACAACCGAGAAGGAAGACGAAAUCGCCCUCAUCCUCAUCUCCCCAGACAAAGAAUCCUUCUACGACCUUAAAGAGAUGCGUGACAAACUCGCCGCCCAGCUCACAAAAACAGGCCACCUCUCCCUCAUCCGCUCCGCCGCCCGCGAGCGCCGUCCCCAGAUUCAAACCAUCGCCCCCGGCGCCCAAAUCGCCCACUUCCUCUACAAGUCGCGCGCCAACGUGCAGUUCUGCAUGUCCGCCCUCGAACCAGCCAACCCCAACCCCACCCCGGGAACAUCCUCCACAACGCCCACAACAGUGGCAACAACAGCAACAGUAGCCUCAACCUCAACCUCCACCUUAGAACCAGAAAAGAUGCUCACGCGGCGGCGCCUGAUGACGCUUUACCACGAGCUGCACGCGUCCAUGCACGCCAAGCACGCCCACCUCAAGGUCCUGCACGCCGUCAGCGAGGACGCGGCCAGCCUGGCGUGGAUCACGCCCGUCUUUGAGUUCUACUGCGUCGCGGGCCCCAACGCGCCGCGCGCGGCCAUGGCGCAGGGGGCGAACCGCGUCAUUCAGUGGGCGAAGCGUGAGGAGGAGAGGUUGUUUAUUAUUGGGGGCGGGGUGUUUUAG